AUGGUGGAUGAUUUCUUAGAAGUAUUCAUGGAUGACUUCUCUCUAGUUGGUGAUUCCUUUGAGCAUUGCCUUGAUAAUUUUAGGCAAGUACUCAAAAUAUGUGAGGAAACAAACUUGUGCUCAAUUUGGAAAAAAUGUCACUUCAAGGUGGACGAGGGUAUUGUUCUUGGCCACAAAAUCUCCAAGCAAGGCAUUGAGGUUGAUCGAGCAAAGAUUGAGAUAAUUUCCAAGUUUCCUACUCCCACUUCAGUAAAAGGUGUUCGAAGCUUUUUGGGGCAUGCCCGUUUUUAUCGGCGAUUUAUCAAGGACUUCUCAAAACUUGUAAGUCCAAUGUGCAAGCUCCUUGAAAAAGGAUGCUAA